UUUAAGGUUGGAUAUUAAGAAAUAGGGAAGUAAAAGUAUUUUUGCAGCAUCCAGUCCGAGUGAUGGACCAUCUGAAACAGUUACAAGAAGACCAGCGGACAGACAACACGUGUUUUUUUAAUAGUGUUUUUUUGUGACCAGUUGACAAAUCCACUUUCGAUAUGAUCGCGUGGCAGUCCACCUAUUGGAUCUGGAUGCUGCCAGUACUGAUGGUCGUAGGCCUCAUAGCGUUGGUGGCCGGGGUCUUCACACUCCUGCUCAUCAUCAAGCUGUACGCUCAGUACACGUGCGGCAGAUACAAGGAGAGAACUAAAAUGGACGGCAAGACUGUUAUUAUUACAGGAUGCACAAGUGGCAUCGGCAAGGAGACCGCCAAGGAGCUGGCGAGGCGAGGCGCCAGGGUCAUCAUGGCGUGCAGAAACUUGGAAGCUGCUGAGAAACUCAAAGAACAAAUAAUUGACGCGACGCGCAACACCGAAAUCGUAGCCAAGAAACUCGAUUUGGCGUCCUUUGCUUCCAUCCGCGCUUUUGCCGAAGACAUCAACAAAACCGAGAAGAAACUCGACGUUCUCAUCCACAACGCUGGCUACGCCCAAACCUUCAAGAAAGCCAAAUCUACUGACGACAUAGAAUUGACCAUGGCGACAAACCAUUACGGUCCAUUUUUACUUACACAUUUAUUGGUAGAUUUGUUGAAAAAGAGCGCGCCUUCGAGGGUUGUAGUGGUUGCUUCGUCGCUGUAUCGCCUCGCGACUUUCGACUUAGAGAAUCCUAACCCAGUCGAUGUUUUGCCGGCGUAUUUGUACUACGCUUCGAAGGAAGCUAACAUUCUGUUUACAAGGGAAUUGGCAAGAAGGUUAGAAGGCACUGGAGUCACCGCCAACUGCUUACACCCUGGUCUUAUUGACACAGGCAUAUGGAGAAAUGUACCAGCUCCUCUGAACUGGGGCUUGGCUCUGAUCAUCAAGGGAUUCUUCAAGACCCCGUACCAGGGUUGCCAGACAACAGUCAUGCUGGCCAUUGAUGAGAAACUGGAGAAGGUCAAUGGGAAAUACUUCUCCGAUUGCAAGGAAAGUUCUUUGUCAGCUGCCGCGAGCGACCCGGCUAAGGCGAGGAAAUUGUGGGAGAUUUCCGAAAACACUGUCAAACUUGAAGAAAACGACCCUAGGUUGUAAUGUUUUUUAUAUUUAAUGUAAUUUUUUAUGUUUAAUUUUACGGAACUGGUAUACAAAAUAUUAGGUACAAAAGAAGAGUUAGAACCCUUCUGUGAUAAAAUAACAAAUCCAUAUAUUCCAUUCUGGUAUUAUGUUUAUUUAGUAGAAUAUCCCCAAUUUUUUUGCACAGUUCAGCGUAAUUGAUUUUUAUGCUUUGAGUAAUUAUUAUUUUUUAAGCUUAAGAUUAUUUAUUUUGUUUUCUUUUUAAUAAAAAUAUAUUAUAAACAA